AUGGAGAAGAUGAGCGUGUAUCUGCCUGAAGAAGUGAUAAAGGAAAUCCUUCUGAGGUUGCCGGUGAAGACUUUACUACGCUGCAGGUGUGUCUGUAAGUUAUGGCUUUCUAUCAUCUCUCAUCCUCAUUUUUCAACUUCACAUUUUCAACUUGCUGCCUCUCCCACACAUAAAAUAAUGGUCUUCAAAGCUGCUUCUGCUUAUACUCAACCCCUAUCCAUAGAUUUUAACGAUGAUGAUUCUUCUUAUCGUUCAUUAAGCCUUGAUUUUAAGCCUCGCCCAACCUUCCCUGAAAUUAUUAAAGUUUUGGGGUCCUACAAAGUUGAUGAUCACUUGGAGCCUGUACCUAGUUCAAUUGACUUGAAGAUUUUCUCAUUGAGAGCUCAUAAAUGGAAACAAAUUGAGGUUGCUUCUCAUUUGCCUUAUAUCAUUACUGAUGUCUAUGAAUUUCGGCCCAGAGUCGGGUCGUUCUUAAAUGGGGCUAUUCAUUGGCUGGUUCAUAAUUCUGAGACCAACCGGGAUGUUAUUAUUGCCCUUGAUUUAAAGGAAACAACAAUGUCAGAGAUAGCUCUUCCAGAUGAUUAUAAUAUUCUUUAUGCUUCUCGUUUAGAAUUUGAUGUGUUGGUACUUAACGGGCUUAUCGGUGUAUGGGUUGCAAAUAGGGUUACAAUUAAGAUAUGGAUGAUGCAAGAAUACGCUGUCCAUUCAUCUUGGACUUUUUAUAUGCAUUCCGCUCCUCAACACAAUGAUUUUUCCCUAAUAACAUGCUUUACAAAUUAUAAUGGAAAUGGAUUGAAGAAGUUCAACGACAAAGGACAGCUGCUAGAGCAUCAAUUCUAUUCAUCAUCGUAUAAAAAGAACGUGGCCAUGUAUACAGAGUCUAUGCUUUCACUCCCUAGCGGCAUUGAUCAAGCUUAA